GCAUGGCUUGCUUUGUUUUUUUUCCUCUUCUUCCAUUUAUUUCAGUUGCACCCGGUGAAAAGUGGUUCCAGGGCCGGCUGCAGUUUAUGCUGAGUCAACGGGGCAAACCGCUGCUGGUUCACGACGGUCACUCGUUCGGUAUCCAGUACAUCCGGAAGGACAAAAAGUACUGGCAGUGCAAUCUGUCGCGCAAGUACAACUGCAAGGCCCGCGUUACGACGACCGAUACCGGCGAUAUUAUCGUGACGAACAACGAACACUGUCACACCGAAAUCCGGCAGCACCUGCGCAAGGAGUACAAAUCGAUGAAGCAACUGAGUGCCAGCCUGGCGGCAUUGCGAGCCGCACGUCAACAGGACGCUGUCAGUUUGGGGCUCACCGCUACGACCGAGUCCGGGUUGAACAAUAAUUCGCUUGCUGUUGGGAAUAACAAUAGUACCAGCAACAGCAACAACAGCAGUUCGAACGUAGGCUCGAUCAUUCCAAUGCUGCAGCAUCAGCAACAGGAACAGGAAACGAGUUUGAACCUAUCGACGUCUAACUGGCAGCUAAAGAAAGAACCAUUGUCCGGGAAUGAAUAGCAGUACCGCGGCAGGGGGCGCGGUGUAAGAUGACCAAAGAAGACUCAAGAGUUGGUUUUUUAUUUAAUCGUUUUGUUACUGUUUUACCAUAGGAUAUCGACAGAUUGAUAGUUUUUUUGUGUCAGGGGAAAACUGAUAGCAUUAAGUACCCGAGCAUCAGCCAUUUUUCUUCGAUGGACAGAUUGCUUGGCAUGACCAAAGUUUAGCUGUACUUAGGGAGAUUAUCUCUAGAUUUUAACUACAAAUUUUUAUCGGCUUACAUUCAUGGCAACUGUUUCUAUUUUAAGAUAUGAGUAGGUUGAACUCCGUUAGGGAAUGAAAGGGACCAGCAGCAGAUUUUUUUUUAACUGAUGUUUUUACGAUAUGAAAUAUAUUUUUUAAUGAGUAAUGUUUAUA